AUGUCAUCCUCGAAAUUUCAGAGCUUCUUAGUGCGCAACAGGACUAAGGCCCGCGCCAUUGCUCAGUUGAAGACAUGCGUGGGCGUGCUGUUAUGGAAGAACUGGCGCGUGAAGCAGCGCGAGAGCCGCUUGAGCCGCGGACUGCUCGGCAAACGCUGGCUGUACCCGGCGCUCGUUACGGACAUCAUCAUCUCGCUGGAGCUUAUUUCUGCUGCUUAUCCAGAAAAUGGCCCAAGGGGUCAGGCCGACCAGCAACUCGAUAAAGUUAACCCAUCUUUAGUUGUCCCGGUGCUCCACGCCACCGAUGGCGUGGCUGCAGAUAUAGACAGUGUAAUACGCCGCGAGGUGAUCGAGCAGUCAAAUUUGACGUCGGGAUCCCCCAAUUAUCACCCGUAG